CAGCUAGAGAAUAGAGAUAGCGAGAUCAAUUAAAACGAGAAAUUAAUGGAAGAGGAGAUGUUUCGUAUCCGCUCUAUAUCCGAGCGAAACUGAAGCAGCGACGGCAGAUCGAUCGAUCGAUCGUCCGAGGAGGUUUUAAUUAACGAGUCGAGUUCUUCCCUUCUCCACAUCUCAAUCGAUCCAACGCCUUGGAGUUGCAGCUUGUAUGUGUCGAGGAUUUCAAUCCGGGUAAUGCCUUCUAUCCUUAGCUCGAUCGGAAGCCAUAGGAUAAUGAGAGUUUGAUUUCGUCCAUUGAAUCGCUUUUGUUUUUUUUUGAGCAAAAAAAGAGGGAGAAUUUCUUUCUUUCUUUGUUUCUUUCACCAUUGCCAUCCGUCUAGUUCGAUUCCUUGCUGAAAUUCCCAAAAUUUUAUCCAUUCCCUAACUUUUUUGCUUUGUUUUGAUCCCUUACCUUCUUUUGUGUUCUUCCGUGUCGUUUGUUUGGGUUGUUUGGCGAGCUGUAAAUCUUAUGGAGAAAUCAGUGAGGAAAGGAUAACCUUCUUUGGUUCUCUUAGAUCUCUAUUUCCUUUAUGAUAAACUAGGGAAAGAGAGAAGGAAAAAAUUCAUCUCCAAGCUUACUGUUACUUGAGGACUUAAGGAUUAUUGAGGGAUUUUCUAUUUUUGUUUCUAAAAAAGCAAUCUUGGUGCGCCCUUUUUCGUGAUAAUGGUGUCCAAGUCUUACUCCAAUCUGCUGGAGCUGGCUUCCGGCGAGUCGCCUUCCCUUGGACGGAUCAGCCGCGGCAUCCCGCGGGUGGUGACGGCUCCCGGCAUAGUUCCGGACCUUGAUGAUUCCGAGGAUGACGCCUCUAAUGCGUCGUCCGAGCGGUCGUCCCUUUCACCUAGGGACCGAACGAUCAUAGUUGCCAAUCAGCUUCCUAUCCGUGUCCAACGACAUCCGGAGGGUCGCACUUGGACAUUCUCUUUGGACCAAGACUCUCUUCUCCUCCAGCUCAAGGAUAGCAUAGGUGAGCAUGCCGAUAUGGAACUUAUAUAUGUAGGCUGCCUCCGUGAGGAAAUUCCUGUAGCGGAGCAAGAUGAGGUUUCCCAGACACUUCUAGAGUCCUUCCGAUGUGUACCUGUGUUCCUUCCUGCAGACCUCCGCUCACGGUUUUAUCAUGGCUUCUGUAAGCAGCAGCUGUGGCCUCUCUUCCAUUACAUGCUACCUCUGUCCCCUGAUCUUGGUGGCCGAUUCGACCGGAACUUAUGGCAAGCUUAUGUAUCAGUUAACAAGAUCUUUGCCGACAUGAUUCUUGAGGUGAUCAAUCCAGAUGAUGACUUUGUCUGGGUUCAUGAUUACCACCUCAUGGUCCUUCCCACUUUCCUCAGGAAGCGCUUCAAUCGAGUCAAGCUUGGCUUUUUCUUGCACAGCCCCUUUCCCUCUUCUGAGAUCUACAAAACAUUGCCAGUAAGAGAGGAGCUUCUUCGUGCGCUACUGAAUUCUGACCUAAUUGGUUUCCAUACAUUCGACUAUGCCCGCCAUUUUUUGUCCUGUUGCAGUAGAAUGCUUGGUCUUAGUUAUGAAUCCAAGAGAGGGUACAUCGGGCUAGAAUACUAUGGUCGCACUGUCAGCAUAAAGAUACUGCCUGUUGGAAUCUAUAUGGGCCAGCUGGGUUUGGUUUUAAGCCGUUCAGAGACAGAGGCUAAGGUUGCAGAGCUCAUUAAGCAGUUCUGUGAUAGAGGUCGAGUAAUGCUGCUUGGAGUUGAUGACAUGGAUAUAUUCAAGGGAAUCAGCUUAAAGCUUUUGGCUUUUGAGCAGCUCCUCAUGCAACAUCCAGAAUGGCGAGGAAGGGUUGUUUUAGUCCAGAUUGCAAAUCCAGCCAGGGGACGAGGGAAGGAUGUGAAAGAAGUACAGGCCGAGAGCUAUGCAAUGGUGAAGCGGAUUAAUGAAGCUUUUGGACUACCUGAUUACAAGCCUGUAAUACUAAUUGAUAAACCACUGCAGUUUUAUGAAAGGAUGGCCUACUAUGUGGUGGCGGAGUGUUGUUUGGUGACUGCAGUUAGGGAUGGAAUGAAUCUCAUCCCUUAUGAAUACAUUAUAGCCCGGCAUGGGAAUGAUAAUUUGGAUAGGGUUUUAGGUUUGAGCCCCUCCACCCCGAAGAAGAGCAUGCUUGUUGUAUCUGAAUUCAUUGGCUGUUCUCCUUCCCUUAGUGGGGCAAUUAGGGUGAAUCCAUGGAACAUUGAUGCUGUGGCUGAUGCAAUGGACUCUGCACUUGAAAUGGCUGAAGCAGAGAAACAUUUAAGACAUGAGAAGCACUAUAAAUAUGUGAGCUCACAUGAUGUUGGCUAUUGGGCGAAGAGUUUUUUGCAGGAUUUGGAGAGAACUUGCAAAGAGCAUAGUAGAAGGAGGUCUUGGGGAAUAGGGUUUGGUUUGAAGUUCAGAGUUGUGGCUCUGGACCUCAAUUUCAGAAAGCUCUCUAUGGAGCAUAUUGUCUCUGCGUACAGGAGAACCAAUACACGAGCCAUCAUUUUUGAUUAUGAUGGCACUUUGAUGCCACAGGCAUCCAUUGAUAAGGGCCCAAGUGCUAAGUCUAUUGAAAUUUUGAACAGCUUGUGCCGUGAUAAAAACAACUUGGUGUUUCUAGUGAGCGCAAGAAGCAGAAGCACCUUGAGUGAUUGGUUUUCUCCUUGUGAGAAUCUGGGAAUUGCAGCUGAGCAUGGAUACUUCUUCAGGCUGAAGAGAGAUGCGGAAUGGGAGACUUGUGUGGCAGUUGCAGAUCGCAGCUGGAAGCAAAUUGCUGAACCUGUGAUGAAGCUAUACACUGAAACAACAGAUGGUUCAACUAUCGAUAACAAGGAAACUGCACUUGUUUGGUGUUACGAGGAUGCUGAUCCAGAUUUCGGAUCUUGCCAGGCUAAGGAACUUCUAGAUCACCUUGAGAGUGUGCUCACCAAUGAACCGGUCUCUGUGAAAAGUGGUUCAAACAACGUCGAAGUUAAACCACAGGGUGUAAGCAAGGGCCUAGUGGCACAACGACUCCUCUCAACCAUGAAAGAGAGAGAUUUGUUGCCAGACUUCAUCCUCUGCAUAGGUGAUGACCACUCCGAUGAGGACAUGUUUGAAGUGAUCACAAGUGCUGUGUCUAGCUCCUCGCUCUCUCCUACAGCCGAAGUAUUUGCAUGCACAGUCGGCCGGAAACCAAGUAAAGCCAAGUAUUACCUUGAUGACACGGCUGAGAUCGUUCGGCUGAUGCAGGGACUGGCUUCCGUCUCAGAACAAAUGCUAGGGGGUUCGGUUCAAGUGUAAUGCCGCUCUUUUCCUCUAGUCAAAAAUAUAGCUAGUUGUUUUCUUUCUCCACGGGCCUUUUUUGUUGUAACCUUGUUAGCAUAGUGUAACCAUAGCCCCCUUGUUACUUCCUUGAUUAGGCUGUGUAUAUUUAAGUUCUUUUCAUGAGUGGCUGUUUGAUUCAGAUCACAAUAGCAUUUACAUGUAGCUCACUUUUCCAUUGCCAGAUCUUGCUAACCACUUUCUACUUUA